UCGAAAGGUUAGUUUUCUUCAAAACCCUUUUGUAUAUUUUUCCAAGCUUCUGCAAAUAUUUAGCCGAGAUGGCCUGUCAAGAUGGGAGUUUGUUUAUAACCAGAUGAGAUUAUCAAUUCCCAUUUCUUUGGGUCAUUUUGUGUUCUGAGAUUUCUGGUUUAGCUGGGUUGCUUUUAUUUCUUCAAUGGCUACAGUUGUUUCCAAGUCCCAGUCUAGAGCAUACCUUGUAUUCCUCAAUAUCUCCUUUCUGUUGUUAUUGUGUUUCUUAAUCAGGGCUCAAUUUAAUUCCUCAGAGUCCCUGGUCCUAAGUGGUUUAAGUAAUUAUCAGAAUGGCAGCGGUGUGCAUAGUUGUGAACAGUUUCAGAAGCUUGAAAGUUACAAAGAAAAGUGCCUCUACCUUAAAGCCAAUAGCCCAUGUGUGUCUCAAGGUUUUCUUGACAAUCUUUAUCUCUUCUAUUGCGUAUAUGGGAGAUGGCCUGUUCUGGGCUAUUGCCUUCUUUCAGUUUGGCUUCUUGUGCUGUUUUAUCUAUUGGGAAACACAGCUUCUGAGUAUUUCUGUCCUUCACUUGAAAACUUAUCCGGUGCCUUGAAGCUCUCCCCCCCUAUGGCCGGAGUAACCCUCCUUUCUAUUGGCAAUGGCGCGGCUGAUCUUUUUUCCAGCCUGGUGUCCUUCACAGAGAUUGGGACAAGUGGUAUUGGCCUUAACAGUGUGGUAGGUGGGGCUUUCUUUGUCUCCUGUAUUGUGGUUGGAGUCAUAAGCAUUUCCAUGGGAAAACGAAGGAUUUCAGUUAACAAAUCUGACUUUCUAAGAGAUGCUUCCUUUCUCCUUCUAGGAGUUAUAUUAGUUCUUGUAAUUGUGAUAAUUGGAGAGAUCAAUUUGUGGGGUGCAAUGGCUUUUACUUCUCUCUACUUCUUGUAUGUCUUUGUGGUCUACAUCAUGCACUCACGUAGAAGGAAAAACAGAGAAGGCUCUGUAGUGGUUUUGCCUAUGAAGCAUGAUGAUGAAUUGGGUGUGCCCAUUCUAGGUUGUAGUGGGGACAGAGAAGAUCUUCAAGAUAUCCAUUGUAUAGAGGCUGAUGGAAGCUUUUUUAGUUGGAAUUCAUCAAUUUGUUUUGGUAGAUUUCUGUUCAUUCUGCUAUUGCCCCUGUACUUACCAAGGAGAAUGACUAUUCCUGUUGUUUGUGAAGAGAGGUGGUCUAAGCCAUUUGCAGUUAUUUCACUUACAUUAGCACCAGUUCUCUUGGUAGCCGUUUGGAGUUCAGGGAACAUGGGCUCCAAAGGCAGCCUGGUGUCCUAUAUAAUUGCUGGAGUAGUAGGGAUUAGUUUUGGUGUAAUUGCAUUUGUGAAAACAGGCAAUUACAGUCCACCCAAGAAAUGCUUACUCCCUUGGUUUGCAGUUGAGUUUCUGAUGAGUGUUACUUGGAGUUAUAUUAUAGCAGAGGAAUUGAUUGGCCUGCUAGUUUCAUUUGGGAAGAUAUUUGGGAUAAGCCUUUCUAUUCUAGGACUCACUGUGCUUGCUUGGGGCAACUCAUUAGGGGAUUUAGUAACCAACUUUACACUUGCAGUAAAAGGUGGACCAGAUGGUGCUCAGAUUGCAAUGUCAGGGUGUUAUGCAGGGCCAACCUUCAACACAUUUAUUGGAUUGGGCUUAUCUCUUGUGAUUUCUUCUUGGAAUGCUUAUCCAGCGUCUAUUAUGAUUGCUCAAGACAAAUUUUUCAUGGAGACUAUCGCCUUCUUAGUAGGUGGGUUGCUUUGGGCUCUUGUGGUUUUGCCUAGUCGAAACAUGAAGGUUGAUGGGGUUCUGGGAGCAGGACUUUUAACCAUAUACUUGACUUCCAUUUCUUUGAGGAUUGCUCAAACACUAGGGUUUAUCAAAACUUCACCAACCAGACAGUUAUUUACUUUGUUUGAUUAAAAAGAUCACUUCUGACUAGUACAUAUUUUUUUUUUAACUUAUCUCUUCUCGUCAGUCGAACUAUGAUGUGUGAAGG